AUGAUCUCCUCCCUCCUAACCCGCCUAACCCGCCCCUUCACAACAACAACAAGCAUGUCAAUCACGCCCCCCGCCCCCGUCUCCCUCCCGGAAGGCGCCCAAAAAGCCACCAUCGCAGCAGGCUGCUUCUGGGGCGUGGAACACCUCUACCGCAAACACUUCGCCUCCAAGGGCCUCAUCGACGCCCGCGUAGGCUACAUCGGCGGCGACCUCUCCAACCCGACCUACCGCGCCGUCUGCGGCGGCGACACGGGCCACGCCGAGGCCCUGCAGGUCGUCUUCAAGCCCGAAGAAGUGAGCUACCGCCAGCUCCUCGAGUUCUUCUACAAGAUGCACGAUCCCACGACGGCGAACCGCCAGGGUCCCGACACGGGUCCGCAGUACCGGAGCGCGAUUUUCUACCACGAUGAGGAGCAGGAGAAGGUUGCGAAGGAGGUUACGCGGUUGGCGAAUGAGCAGUGGUAUAAGGGGGCUAUCAAGACGCAGGUUGCGCCGGCGGGACAGUGGUGGGAUGCGGAGGCGUAUCACCAGCUGUAUUUGGACAACAACCCAGGCGGGUAUGAGUGCCCCAGUCACUUUUUGAGGACGUUUCCCCCGCUUGAGGGAUGA